AUGGUCUAAGAAUUGUAAUAGAUUUUGAAUUAUUAAGAAAUAUUAAAGCCUAUUCAUGAAUAUGAAUAAAUCAAACAAUAAUCAGGAUAUGAUUUGAAUUAUAUUUAUGAACAAAUACAGACUGAUCAAGAGUUUUUAGAUUUAGAACUAAAAAUUCAAUUUCAUAAAUUACAAAACUAAAAUGAAAAUUAAGAAUCGACUUUAUUCAAUUUAAUAAAGAUUAAUUAAUGUUUCAUUCAAUAUGUGAAUAUAUUACAAAAGAGGAACUAAGUGAAUAUUAAAUUUCAACUAAUUGAUAAAUAUCAUAAGAAUUUUUUUUAUUAUCUUUAACACUAAUUAUCGCAAAAUUAGAAUCAUAUUAAAGUAUAUCUUGAUAAGGGUCAUAUCAAUUUUUCAUUUAGCAUAUAUGUGAAUUAGAAUACUAAAAUUGAAUAACUUAAACAGUUUAUAAAAAAUAAUUUAGAAAUGAUAUUGAAUUUCAUAAACAAAUAUGAAAAAUAAAAAAUGUUUAGAUAGAGUUCAAAAAUAAAUAGCAUAAAAUUAAAUAUAGUUUAAUCUAAACCACUUUAAAAAUCUACUUAAUUAAUUUAAAAAUAAAAUGUGAGAUUAUUUGAAUACUUAAAAGUUGUAAAUUGUGAACCAGAAUCUUAAACAUUAAUUACACAAAUUAUAGGUUACAACAAUCUUUUAAAAAUUUAAUACAAAAAUUCUGUUGAUAUAGAUAAAAGUUUAUUACUUUUAAUUUAAAAUGGAGAAUUAUAAAACUUAGAAAAAAAAAUAAAUUCAUUACUUAAAUCUUUUGAUAUUAACAUUCAGGAAAUUAUUAGUAAUUUAUUUUCUAAAAUUUAUUUGGAAUGCUAGUUAAAAAAUUAUUAUUAAUUUAUAGAAUUUUAGACACUAUCAGAAUAUUUUAAUAAUUAAUAACAAUAAUAAGAUACAUUUGAAAUAAGGAUCUAAUUACUUAUCUAAAUAUUAUGUAUUUAUUUAUUAAAAAGAUAAUUAAAUCUUGAUUUAGCAUUUCCCUAAAAAGAUGUUAUUAUAAUUGAUUCAAAAAAAUAAAUUAAACUUGAUAUGUUUGCAUAUUUAAAAUACACAUCAAUUAAAAAUGAAAAAUUAGAAUAAUCAGAAGAAUUAUAUGAAAUAUAAGAAAUAUAAGAAAUAUUCAAUUAUUUUUAAUUUUUAUUUCCUCUUAGAGUAAUUAUAUUUAUUUUAUUAAAGGAAAAAUAAGUCAUUAUCGAAAAUUACAACAUUACUAAGGAACUUGAAAACAUGAAAUAACAAAUAAAGGAAAAUAAAAUAAAUUUGUAUUUUUUCAUUUCUUAGUUAAUUGAGAUCGAAAAGCUAAUAAAACAAUAAUUAAGCUUUUGA